ACUGAUAACACUUCAUUUCUUUUUCUCAACAUUGUAGACAACUGACUUCAUGGCUUUAAAAUCACUCUCCGGCCUGUGCACGGUGCAGAUCACCCGCUCACCAGUCUGUGUACAACUUCUACAUGUCACACUGUGGUAGUCUCACACCGGCAGGCCUCUGUGUACACCGAGUGAGCAUCAGCCCUCACGCCGCGGUUGGGUGGGUCCAGCUCGGCCACAGAGGCAGCAUGGGCCCGGUCUCUCGCUAGGCUCUGAUGUCGACGGUUAAAAAAAGCUACAAAAGAGGGGAUGAAUGAUAUCGCUGGUGAACUGAUGAGCUUGGAUGUCAGUGCUAACGGAGCUGGGCUGUCAGAAUGAACGGCACUCAGCAGAGUGAUACCAAGAGGCAGCACCUCCUGGAGAGGCUGCUGGAUGCUGUCAAACAGUGCCAAAUCCGCUUUGGAGGAAGAAAAGAGAUUGCCACAGACUCAGACAGCAGGGUCAUUUGUCUUUGUGCCCAGUUUGAAGUGGUGCUCCAGCAUGGUCUGAGAAAGAGCAGAGGUCUGGCCCUCACCGCCGCCGCUCUGAAGCAGGCCGCGGGCUUCAGUAGCAAGACCGAAGCAGAGUUAACUUUCUGGUUCUACGUAAAGGAGCAUCUGAACCGCCACGAGCUCCAACGGUUCUACUCCCUACGACAGAUCUCGUCAGAGCUGGGCAGGGGUCGUGCCUGGCUGCGCUGCGCCCUAAACGAGCACUCGCUGGAGCGCUACCUUCACACGCUGCUGGCUGACCGCCCACGUCUAGGCACUUACUAUGAAGACUGGGCUUUUAUACUUGAUGAAGAGAGAGCAAGCAUGCUCCCCACCAUGGCUGCAGGUCUGAACUCCAUCCUGUUUGCCAUCAACAUUGACAACACUGACCUGAACGGUGGGGUGACACGAGGAGGAGGCCCAUCUGUGUCCCACCUCCUGAAGGAGUCCACUCAGGGCAUCGGCAGCCUGUGGAAGGAGUCGACUCAGGGGGUUAGCACCCUGCUCCGAGAGAUUAGCACAGCCACGGCCGUGGUGCCCGGCUUCACCCCUAGAGUGGACGGAGCCUCUGACCCGCUACCUGUUGUGCCACGCAGCACCUCUGCUGACUCCGGGCUGAGGAAAGAGCGCCGGAGGAAAAAGAAGAUCACCAACAUCAUUUCCUUUGAUGAUGAUCUUGACGGAGGGGCGGAGGACGAAGAGGAGGGAGAGGACGACUCCCAGAAGAUGGGCGCCAUGAGGAAGAGCCAAACCGCUCCCGCUCAGAGCAGCGUGGAGGAAGGAAUAGACCCUCUGGAGCCGGACCUCUCCGAGUCGCCGGCUCAGAACGGGCUGGGCGAGCCGGGCAUAGUCAGCUGGGUGGGGUCGCCCCAUCCUUCUCGUACACCGCCCACGCCCACACCCACACCUCCUCUUCCAGACAGCAAGAGUUUAGACAAUGAGGAGGAGGAGGAAGAGGAGGAGAUGUACAAACCCAGAGCACAAACACAGGAGGAGGAGAGGAUCAGCCUUGAUCAGGUGGUGGUGGGGAGUCUACCCAGCGUGUCCACGUGGAGCCCUGUACAGGUGAUGACUGACACACACAGAAGCUCAGACAUUCUCAUCCCUCUGAACCCUGAAGACCCUCAGCCAGUGAGCUCGGUAGAAGACACCGCUGCAUUUCCUGCUCAGUGUGAGUCAACAGGACCGGUGGGAAACUGCGAGAGCGGCGCAUCGCAGCUUCCAUUCAAUAUGGAGUCCAGUCCACCGAUGCAGUCUGCUCCACUCACGAGCUCGCUGCCAACAUCUGGUCUGCCAGAGUCUAUGACAGUGGUGGAGCUGCGCCAGGCCAUUGUAGCCAUGAUGAACAGGAAGGACGAACUAGAGGAACAAAACACGUCUCUUCGCAGCCUGCUGGAUGGGGAGAUGGAGCACUCAGCAGGCCUGAGGCAAGAAACUGAGCUGCUGAAGAAAAAGCUGGCGGAGCUGGAGGAGAGACAUACAGCUAAGGUCCAGGCGCUGGCCAGGGAGAAUGAAGUCCUGAAGGUCCAGUUGAAGAAGUAUGUGGGGGCGGUACAGAUGCUGAAGAGAGAGGGGAGCCAGGGCAAUGAUGCUCUGUCAGUGUUGCAGUCGAGUGAAGAACAGGCCCCUGUCCCUCAGAGUAAGUGCAUGGGUGACAUCGAAGAGCUGGCCGCCAGCUACGAACGCAAACUAAUAGAGGUGGCCGAGAUGCACGGUGAGUUGAUAGAGUUUAAUGAGCGCCUGUACCGAUCCCUCAUGGCCAAAGACCACCUCAUUGUCCAGAUGAGACAGGAACUCAUUGACCUCAGAGGACCAGUUCCAGGUGAUUUAAGCCAGACUUCAGAUGACCCCAGCCUCUCAGAUUUUGAAACGGCUCAUCGCGCUCUCAUCAACGUGUGGAUCCCCUCUGUGUUCCUGCAGGGCAGAGCUGCCAACGCCUACCACGUCUAUCAGGUUUACAUCCGCAUCCUGGACAACGAAUGGAACGUAUACAGGCGUUACACUGAGUUCAGGGAGCUACACAACCAACUGAGAUCCCAGUUUCCACAGUUGGACACCUUCAACUUCCCACCCAAAAAAGCCAUAGGGAACAAGGAUGCCAAGUUUGUGGAGGAGAGGAGGAAGCAGCUGCAGGGCUACCUUCGCAUGGUGAUGAACAAACUGAUCCAGACGCUGCCGGAGUUCACAGCCCGCCCCACCAAAGAGACCCUGCUGUCUCUGCUGCCUUUCUGUCUAGACACUCCCCAGACUAAUGACGGCGGAGCCAAGACACCCCGGUCCAAAACAUCAUCCCGCUUCCCUAGACUCGGUCGCAGCCGCACCCAGGAAACCAGACCUGAACCCCAGAGUGGCGACCUUUAACCCCACAGCCUUUGAACUAAUAAUCCCAAGGCUGAGGAUAACAACACUCCUGGGUCCACCCAAGACUGCGACACACGGACUCAAAGCGUGUGAGGGCAUAAAAGGCGUCUAACGGACCUUCAAAGCCUUACAGAUAAAAAGCCUCAGCCAAGGUGGGGAGAUGGAUGCAUUCACAUCACAGGACUGUCUAUGAGAAUAUGUAAAUUUUUCUGUGCGCAGCCUGGCUGAGUAAAGGAUAAAUGACUCCCCAGAGGCUGCCUAUCGAUGGACCCAAUCAUAUAGCACCUCUUACCUCACUGAGAAAAAGAAAGACACUCCAUAAACUGCACAUGGACUCUCUUGGACUGCUCUCUCUUAUCUCAUACAUCAUGAGAUGAUGGGGAUGUGUUUUAUUUCUUACUAUGCUCAGUUUUGUAGUGAAAGUGUAUCAUGGUCACAGUGCCUACAGUGUUUUGUAGCUGCUUUCCUGCUCUGGGAAUGGAGGGAAGGGUACAAGGUGAGGUGAAGAGGGGGUACAUUAAAGUAUUCUCUUGGGCAAUGAACUUUAUUUUUUAGCCAACGUGUCAGCAUUAUGGUGCCAUUACAAUUUAGACAAUGAUUCACUAUCUCUGGCAUGGACCACCAAGCAAUGGGCAUUCCUUUUCCUACUUCCUAUUAUUUAUAUUACUAUGGCUAUUAUAGAUAAUCUACAGAAAGUGUCACAUAUCCUCAUGUCACAGCAGAAGCAGUAAUUAUCAAAAAUAUCUUAAUCUCCACAUGAUGGCCAUAUUAAAGGAUUAGGGUUCAACACCACUGAUAACACAAAAACAGUCAGAGUAAUUCCACAAAUAAGCAUAAAUUCUCUUAAAAAAAAUAUAUAUUUUCACACAUGCUCAUGCCAUAGAUUAGUUUCACAUACCUUCUGUAAUGUAUAGGAUAAAUUCAUGUCAUAAAAAUUAAAGGAAGGUUUAAAGUUUAAAGGAAGGGAAACCUAUUCAACGAUCAACAAAAAAAAAAAAAAGAGAUGUGUUUCAAACGGUUUACCCGCACUAUUACUCAUCACAUAAAUAAGGUUUUUUAAUCAAAAGUGGACUGGCUAUGAUUUAAACUAAUGUUUUUAACUGAUGUGUCUUUAAAUGAGGAUUUAAAGUGGUGUUACCUUGCAAAUGAAUGUUUUAACGAUGUCUAAACACUUGAAGAAAAAAGCUACUUGUUAAGAGUGAAAGCAAAUGGCUGCUGAGCAUCAAGUGUGUGUGUAAAACAGAAGCUCAUGCCAUAUGUAUGGAUCACCCAGUAGUAAUCACAGACUAUGUUCACACGAGGAGUGACUCGAAGGGUUUUCCGGCAAACUGGAAUUAAACGGUCGGUUCACAAAAUGGUAGACACUAUUCACCGUCUAUGAGGUGAAUUGAACAAACAAGGCUUGUUCAAAAGGUUUUUAACUAUGCUGUAAUUCUAUCAUGAAAAAUAAUGUUAAAAAAAUAUCAGAUUGUUCACAGAGCUGCCAAACAACACAACAACAUGGGAAAGAAAAGAAGGUAUAGGUUUCUCAGUCUGACAAAUGGCACUGUUGCAUCCUAUUUAGAUGACAUGUAAUGUUACUUUACACAUGGAUUUCUACUCUAUAUAGUCUUAUUAAUGACUAUACUCUGCUGUGAUACAGUGAAACAGGUGAUAUUUUAGGUGUAGCACUGCCUUAUAUGCACUAGAUCUCACAGCGACGGACUAUAUUCUGUAUGCUGACAUUGUCACACAGGCAAUUCAUUAUAACAAUAAACAAGUAGCCUUUUCAUAAGCAUCUUUUACAGUGAAGGUUGGGGUCAGUUUGUCUCUGGGACCACUGGUGGAUCUAUUUUCUCUGCACAAAUAUCCAUAUUGUAGUUGUAAUAAA